UAGGUUAACGUUCUAGAUGAAAAAUGUGCGUCCUACAAAUAAAUUUCUUUUCACCCAAAAAGAAUUAAGGUAUUUCCUUCUACCGAGGCCACCCAAUCCAUGCAAAAUACCAAAUCCAAAUAAUCCUCCUGAAGCAACCUUCAACCUCUUCGUCUAUUCAAACAAUUUAUACUCGUCCCUUCCCUCCAAUGCCUCCCCCUCAACGCCAUGGCCCCAAAACUCUUUACCAUCGCCUUAGUUCUCUGCAUUACCUUCCCAAUCUCAUUAUGUGGCACUCUCACAAUAUCAAACAACUGCCCACACAUAAUAUGGCCAGGGACCUUAGCAGGUUCAGGCACGCCACAACUGCCAUGGACCGGGUUCAAGCUCGACCCGGGCCACUCGGUUCAGAUUCCGGCCCCAAGCGGGUGGUCCGGUCGGAUAUGGGCCAGAACAGGGUGCAAGUUCGACGGAACAGGCACGGGCGCUUGCCAAACGGGGGACUGUGGAGGAAAGAUGCGGUGUAACGGGGUGGGAGCUCUACCGCCCGCGACGCUGUUUGAGAUCACGCUCGGAAAGGGGAAGGAUCAGGAUUUCUAUGAUGUUAGCCUUGUGGAUGGAUACAAUUUGCCAAUAUAUGCAGCACCGAGAGGAGGCGGAGGAUCGUGCAAUGCCACUGGAUGUGCAAGUGAUCUCAAUUCGAGCUGCCCAAAAGAGCUUCAGGUGGAAGAUGACAGUGGAGUUGUAGCGUGCAAGAGCGCAUGCGAAGCAUUUGGACUGGAUCAAUACUGCUGCAGCGGGCAGUUUGCGAACCCAACCACAUGCAAGCCCUCCUUCUACUCUACCAUAUUCAAGACUGCCUGCCCUAGGGCUUACAGCUAUGCGUUUGAUGAUAGGACGAGCACCUUCACCUGCAAGGCUUCUGACUACAACAUUGUUUUCUGCCCCGUGUACGGGAUGAGGAGAUCCAACGGCUAUUCUGAUGGGGCGCCACCACCACCUCCUGGCGGUGUUACAAUUGGCCAACCUACUGGCUAUUCUGAUGGGGCGCCACCACCACCUCCUGGCGGUGUUACUAUUGGCCAACCUACUGGCUAUUCUAAUGCUCCACCUACAGGCUAUCCUAGUAACCAACCAACCAGUUAUCCUAGUCAACCCAACAAUUGGCAUGGAGAUGAAGUAAUUCAGGAUAGGGUUCAUCAAGAUGAACCAGAAGUUGGGAUAAAGGAAAAGAGAGAAUUUCGAGGACCUUCUUCUAUGAGAACUCAGAUAGGAGACAGGACAUGCAGAGGAAGAGCAAAAAAUGAAGUGGAAGACCAGAUGGUCUCUACAAUCAUGUGCAAUUAAGAACAAAAUUGGGUAGCACCAAUUCAAGAAAAUCAUAUGGCUGUAUAUGUGUAUUUGUUGUGCAUGUACUCAGCAAUUGGGAGAUAGAAGAGUAGAUUUCAGAGACAAUUUACCUACAUAUAAUACCGCUGUAUAUGGCAUUACAAUACUUAAUAAAGAACACAUCAAACU